AGUUGAACCCUGCGUAAAUAAGACAAACAGGUUCACGCCUGCAAAGUGUGUGUGCAUUUGGGCAUUUAAAUUCCUCCCACGGCGCAAAGUGCCAUGUGCAUGUAAACUCUCAGAAGUUGGACAGCAGCAAGUUUUGCGUGGAUAAUGGACAUAACGGACCCGGAUGCCAGCAUCUCCUCUGCGGAGCCAAAGCCGCACAGAGGAUUACAUCAAAAGGUGUUUGUCAACAGGAAUCUGACACUGGAAAACAUCAGAUGCUAUGGAUUUGACAUGGACUACACCAUGGCAAUUUACACAUCCCCAGACUAUGAGAGCAUGGGCUUUGAGAUGAUCAGAGACAAAAUGGUGUCUAUUGGGUAUCCUCAUGAGAUUCUACGCUACACGUACGAUCCUAGCUUCCCCACACGCGGUUUGGUGAUUGACACCAAAUAUGGGAACCUCUUGAAGGUGGAUUCAAACGGGAAUAUUUUAAUCUGCAGUCACGGCUUCCGCUUCCUCAAAGGAGAAAACAUCGCUUACUACUACCCCAACAAGUUCAUUCAAAGAGAUGACACCGACCGUUUCUACAUUCUCAACACUCUCUUCAAUCUGUCAGAGACAUAUCUCUACACCUGCCUUGUGGACUUUUUCACCAGAUGCACCAGAUACACAAACCAGGAGAAGGGUUACCAGCAUGGAGACUUGUUUAUGUCCUUCAGAAGUAUGUUUCAGGAUGUUAGAGAUGCAAUGGACUUUAUUCACAAUACGGGAGCUCUGAAGGAUAGAACCAUCAAGAAUUUGGAGAAAUAUGUUGUCAAAGAUCCAAAUCUCUCUGUACUUCUGACCCGGAUUAAAAAAGUGGCAAAGGUCUUUCUUGCCACCAACAGUGAUUACAACUACACAGAGGCCAUUAUGAAAUACCUGCUUGAAACUAAUGUAAAGUCUGGAAGUCCUAAAAGGUUGUGGCAUUCCUACUUUGACCUCGUUGUCGUGGACACCAGGAAGCCGUUGUUCUUUGCAGAGGGGACUGUGCUGAGACAAGUGGACACGAACACAGGGAAGCUUCGGAUCGGGACGUACACAGGUGACCUCCAACAUGGGACUGUUUACUCUGGAGGAUCUUCGGACAUCGUUUGUGAUCUGCUACAUGUCAAAGGUAAAGACAUCCUUUACGUUGGAGACCACAUCUUUGGUGAUAUCCUCAAAUCUAAGAAGCGUCAGGGCUGGAAAACCUUCCUGGUCGUACCAGAGCUCGCUAAGGAGCUUCAGGUGUGGGAGGAAAGAAAAAAUCUGUUUGAGGAACUGAAACUUCUUGACACCUUCUUAGCUGAGACUUAUAAGCAUCUGGACAGUGGCAGCAAAGAGUGUCCUGACAUCAGCGCCAUCCAGACGAGAAUUAAAGUGUUGACCCACAGGAUGGACAUGGCCUACGGACAGAUGGGCAGCCUCCUCCGCAGCGGAGCCAGACAGACACUGUUUGCCAGCCAGCUUGUGCGUUACGCCGACCUAUACUCAUCUACCUGCAUCAACCUGCUGAAAUACCCCUUAAAUUAUCUCUUCAUGGCCCCCCCAGUGCUGAUGCCACAUGAAUCUGUGUCUCAACCAGCAGCUGGAUUAGUUUCAUCAGAGCUUUCUGAGAUUGUCAAGAUUACCACAAGCUGAGCUGGCUGAGAUGUCUUAAAAGAAGAAGUUAUGAUGCUUUGCACUUUUGCCUCUGUGCUUGUAGGUGCGCAGCCAUAAUGUGCGUCUUUUACUAAAAACUAAUUUAUUGAUCCCUCUAGUGGAGUUGAACUGCUAUGCAGUGUAAUGUUUACUUACUGAACAUAGAUUGAUCAUACAGACAUUUAAAGGAUUUAAAGUAUAAACAGACCCGGGGUUAAUGUAUAUAUGAAGAGAAAGUGGUCUUUAUCUGUUGAUACAUUUAGCGGUAAAUAUGCAUGUUUGAUGUCAGGUUUUUAAAUGUAAAGCUUUUUAAAAAUUUUGUUUGUGGUUUGUGCUACUUCUGUUGUAUCAUUUCAAUAAAGAGUUUAUAUUAUUUGA